AUGGGUAACCCUUUCAGGAUAAGGGAGGAUCCCAAUAAUCCAGUACCCCACGAAGCUUACGGAUGGCGCAUCUACGCUGUGUCUGCAGCGGCGGCAUGGGCCUCUGCGAUGUUUGGUUAUGACAGCGCCUUCAUUGGCGGAACGCUCAGCCUUGCGUCUUUCAAGGCUUCAUUUGGAUUGAACGCGAAUACAGUUACACAACUAUCUUCAAAUAUUGUUGGUACCUUCCAGGCAGGGUGCUUCUUUGGCUCCCUUUUCGCGUUUCCAAUUUCCGAGAAACUGGGGCGGCGCAUCAACCUGAUUACUUGCGGCCUUGUCUUUAUGAUUGGUGCUGCCAUUCAGACAGCGUCUGCGGGCAGUCUGGGCAUGAUGUACGGAGGCAGGGCUUUGACGGGGCUCGGCGUUGGUGGCAGCGCCAUGGUAGUUCCAAUCUACAUUGCUGAGUCGGCCCCAGCACCGAUCCGUGGCCGCUGCAUUGGCGUGUUCGAGGUUGCGCUUCAGCUGGCUUCGCUCAUUGGCUUCUGGAUCAACUACGGCAUUAAUGCGAACUUGCCGUCAACACCGGCCCAAUGGCAGAUCCCUUUCGCUGUUCAACUAAUUCCUGCUGGUUUGCUUGUCUUGUCUAUGCUUUGGGCGAUCGAAACGCCACGUUGGCUGGUCAAGAAGGGUAAAUAUGAGAAAGCACUCAAGAACUUGGCUUGGGUUCGCAACCUGCCUGAAAACCACCCUUAUGUUCAGAAGGAGCUCGCCGAGAUGCGACUUCAAGUUGAGACCGAAUCAUCUACUGGUCGUGGGGAACGUUCCUGGAAAUCUCAAUGGUCGGAGCUAUGGUCCAAGGGAAUCAGAGGUCGAGUGAUUCUUGCUGUGGCGAUGAAGUUUAUGCAAAACUUUGCUGGUGUCAAUGCAUUGAAUUAUUCCUCCCCUUCCAUCUUCAAAUCCAUCGGGUUUACGGGAACUAGUACCGGACUACUCGCUACCGGAGUCUAUGGUAUCAUCAAAACCAUUUUCACCUUGGUUUUCAUCAUGUGGCUUGUUGAUGCCUGGGGAAGACGACCAGCCUUGCUGACUGGGGGAUCCAUCUCUUUCUUUUGCAUGUUCUACCUUGGCAGUUACUCCUACGUAAGCCACUCGUUUGACGGUCUCGCUAGCAAGGACGCCGGAGCCUAUGUUGCCAUCAUAGCUAUCUAUAUCUAUGCUGCCAGUUAUUCAUUCUCGUGGAAUGCUAUGCCCUGGAUUUUUGCUGCGGAAAUCUUCCCCACUAAUAUUCGUGGCCUGGCUAUGCUGGUCACAGUCAGUGCUCAAUGGAUAUCACAAUUUAUUGUCAUAUAUGCGGUGCCGUAUAUGAUUGAUUCCAUCAAGUACGGCGUGUUCUACUUCUUCGGCAGCUGCAUCUUUAUCUCGACUAUCAUUGUUUACUGCUUCAUUCCGGAGACAAAAGGUUUUCCCCUAGAAAGCAUUGAGCUUAUUUUCAAUGGAUCUAUCUGGGCCCCGGCAGCAAGACGAAAUGCCGAGCGUCUUCUCGAAGAGCAACAAGCGAAUGAGAGGCUUGACGACUUGAACAAGCCCGUGUUCACUCGUGACUAG